CAUAAUUAAACCCCAAAACUUCUCUUCUACCUUGCCGUUGUGGCCUUCCCCUUUCCCCUUCCCUCUCUGCCGUUUUUUUUCUCUCUCUCUAGCCUAUUGUUCUUCCUUCCCCACACGGUGGUGGUCUUGCCGGAGCCAGGAGUCGCUCGAAGAUCUCCGUUCGAGGGUAUUGUGUACUUAUCGCUGGUGCUUUCAUUGAGUCCUCAUGACGUCCAACGUGGGGAGCACGGAUGUUUUCCGGGAAUUCCAAUCCCAAAUUGACGGCCAGAUCCAAUCUCAUACGGCCGCCAUGCAACAGUUAAAUCAAGCCAUGCAGCAGCUUCAACGGGAUUUGAAGACGUUGUUGAAGGAGAAGCAGCCGUACGAAGGGCCACAUCCACGUCGGGAUACGCCUGAUGGCUUUGUCGGGCCGGCUAACUCCAUGACAAAGCUCAAGCUUGAUAUGCCCAAGUGCGACGGGACGGACCCUUUGGGUUGGUUAUUCAAGGUCCAUGAAUAUUUCGUUUUUUAUGCAGUUCCGGAGGAAUCCCGCUUGUCGGCAGUCUGCUUGAUGUUGGAAGGGCAGGCGUUGGACUGGUUUCGAUGGCGACAACGGAACAACUUGCUUUCAUCGUGGACGGAGUUUGUUACGUCUUUCAAGUUACGAUUUGAUCCCUUGAAUUAUGUGGACUAUUUCGGCUUACUAUCUAAGGUUCGCCAAACGGGGACCGUACUUGAAUAUCAACAGGCUUUUGAGAAGAUUUUGGUGAAUGUGACGGGGGUCGAAGAAUCCAAUUUACAGUCUCUUUUUCAUGCCGGACUGAAGACGCAUCUGCAACACGAAUUGAUGCUCCUCAAACCCUCGUCCUUAUCAGAGUCUUUUGCCCUCGCUCGAGAACUGGAGACCAAGCAUGCCGCUUGGGCUACAUCUCUCGGGUCACGUCCUCGGCCGACAUUGGGGCCUUUCAACAAGACCCCUGCGCAGCCACUGCUGCUGUUGCCAGGAGCGCAGCAGCCGGAGGAUAAAACAGCCACCACCCCGCCGAUUCGGCGGCUCACAUAUGCCGAAAAAAAGGACCGUGACGCGAAAGGCCUUUGCUAUAAUUGUGAUGAAAAGUGGUCUAAGGGUCAUCGGUGUGGUCGUUUCUUAUUGUUGCUUGAGGACGAUGAGGAGGAUCUCUCGCCAGGGGCUGUGGAUGAAACUUUACUUAUGGCCGACGUUUCAACUCUGAACAGUAUGGCUGGUGUCACGGCACCACGUUCGUUGCGUUUAUCUGGAAUGAUUGCGGGUGGCGUCGUCGAUGUCCUUAUUGAUGGCGGGAGCACCCACAAUUUUGUCCACCCGCGGGUGGUGGAGCGCUUGCAAUUGCCGGUCGUCAAUGUGGCCGCUUUUCGCGUUUAUGUGGGAAAUGGUGCUUCUCUUUUAUGUGAUGCACAGUGUAGAGAUGUUGAAUUACUUUUGCAGGGGGUUUCCUUCUCUGUUGAUGUUUUCGUCCUUCCUAUCCAUGGGCCGGACGUGGUUUUGGGCGUUCAAUGGUUGCGGUUGUUGGGGAAAGUCACGCACGAUUAUGCCAACUUGACUAUGGAUUUUUGUUGGAAAGGAUCUCCGGUGACGUUACAAGGGGGAGCACCGGAGGUCAAACAGGUUUCUUUACACCACUGCCAACUGUUGCACACGGACUGUUCUGUGUCGGCUUGCUUUGAACUUUUUCUCGUCGAGGCAUCUACGGAAGGGACGGCUGAUCAGGAACCUUGGCCAGAGGGGCUGCCCGCGGACAUCCUUAUUGUCCUGCGGCGUUUUCCAGCGGCCUUUGAGGAGCCAGCAGGCCUGCCGCCCCGCCGUUUAAGCGAUCAUCGCAUAUUCCUCCAACCCGAGUCCAAGCCAGUCUCAGCACUUUAUGGACGUCCACCUCCUGACUUGGUGCCUUAUCGACCGGGGUCCAGCCGCGCACCAGCUGUUGAUGACAUCCUCGCCGAGCGUGAUACCCUCCUGCGGGAAUUGCGUCAUGGUAGACCUUCUUCUACGGCAGUUGCCAUCCAUGCAGUGCGCACAGUGCUUCGGAAUGGGUCACCUGAGGAACAAUAUUUAGUAAGUUGGAGUGAUGGUACGCUUGAUGACGCGACAUGGGAGCCCGCCUCGAGUAUUCGCCAACACUUUCCGCAGCUUCACCUUGAGGACAAGGUGCUUCUUGAAGGGCGGGGGAGUGUUACGGGUUCACAAUCUGCCGCGGGGCCAUGCGGGACGAUUAACGAAGGGAGGCGUCAAAAGAGUGCUGAUGAGAUGUGCUCAAUUGGGUUUGUCGGGAUCUGUUGUUUGGAAUUUCCUAUGCUCGUUGCUGUUGUUGGAAAGGGCAUCCUCCUAGCGUUAUGCAGCAUAGUCGUCUUUUGCAAGCUUUUUGCCAUCAUACCUUUCCUCCCUCGACCAAAUUUUAAAAAAAAGUACAGAUUUAUGGGGGGGAAAGCGAAAUGCAUAGCCAAUAUUAUCCCGGUGGGACUUGCAAUGGCACUGGGCUAUGUGUUGCCAGAUCAUAUGGAAUGUCUUGGCAUAUUGUGGGGUUGGAGCAUGGAAUGCUUCUGCGUUUCUCGAUUAUGGUUGGGUUUCUGUAACCUCGAGGCUUGGGAAAUUUAUGUCACAACACUUAUGAUCAUCUUCUCUGUCAUGUCAUUUAGCUUUUGGGUCGCACUAUCUAUUUACUGUGCUCAUGGUGUUUCUGUUGAUCAAACACAAGAAGAACCCAUCAGACAACAAGAAGUAGAGCUUGAGAAGGGUAAUCACAUCAAUUCUCCACAACUCCCACAAAAUUGAGAGAAGUAUUGUGUUGUGUUACCUGAUUAUAUGUACCUCCAUCUUUUAUUAAAUGAUGGAGAAAUAGCGAUAUAUUGGGGGAAUGGUGAACUUGUUUUAAAUUUAUACGGAGUAUUUCGUAGUACUCAUGUAUCUCUAAAACUCAUUAUCUUUCAUCUUAAAAAUUCUUUUUCCCACUUUUUAUUAAAAACUUUUGGAGUACUUUAAAUUCACUUCUACUAAUUAUUGGUGUUUAUUGGGAAAAUCACCUCAAAUUUUUUAGCGGAAGCAAUUAAUAUUUUUCCCGUAU